ACGAAUGGACAGAUAGUCCCGCGAGUAGAAAAUCUUUUCACAUAAAUAAGUUUUUUUGGAUUGAAAAAUAGAGCCAAUCCGAGUAUAUUCGUCGAAACCUAUUUCGAGAAACUUCGAGAUAAACGGCCUUAAUUCCCUUUGAGCCCCAAAUUCGAAGAUCCCAGUAACCCCAAAUUUUGACGUCAAAACGUAAUUUUACAGUGGGUUGAGACCACGGAAACCCUAAUUCUCCAUCCUUGACAACAUAGGAUUCAAUUUCCCCAUGGUGUUAUAAUUUUGAGAGAGAAGCCCUAAUUUUCAACCUUUGGUCUAAGAGAAUCCUACGGUUUUGCAAUUUUGUACCUGUAAAAAACCAUGGAUUUCGAGCAUAGCUAACAAUUAUUGUUUUCUGCACUUCAGAAUCCUUGAAAACCGUAGCUUCUGCCUCGAGAAGCUUUUAAUUCUGCAUCAUUUAACAGAGGAACUCUACCUUGGGAGUAGAAUCCCUCCCUCUGCUGCAUUUUACUCAAAAAUCCUAUCUUCUGACAUAGGCACUCUAAUCCUGCUAGAUUUUUUUGAUAUUGGCUUUAUUCCUGCAAGAAAUCUGUCUGCAACAUUUCGUAAAAUGGAUGCUUGUUUCUGAAAUCAAAAGAGCCCUAAAAGCCAGAUCCUGAUUCAAGUCAAGCUCUACGAUUUAUACCUUUGAAAACCCCAAUAUUACUAAAGAAAAAGCACAAAUCUGUAACUAAUAGGUCCUGGCCUGCCCAAGAUUGUGGCACAAGAAGCCCUAAUUCCAAAACACUUGCUUUUGAAUGAUCCUUUAAUGGCUCGCACUACUGUAAGAGCUGUCGGGUCUUCCUCUGUAACUGUUGAGGAACCCCCACCUCCUCAACGACAAGACCAACAAACGUUAGUGCUUCGGCUUCGUCGACCAAAGAAGAAGGUGACAUGGAAGGAAGGUACAGUGGAUAAUGAGUUUAUGCAGAAGCAGAGCUCUAAGAAAUGCUGCAUUUAUCACAAGCAAAAAUCAUUUGAUGAAGAUGAUAGUGAUGAGGAAUAUGGUGAUGGAUAUUGCUCGGUAGAUGGACAGAAUCAUGCAAAAAAUGGUGAGGGUUGCUCCAAGAACAGUGAGAAUAACUCAGAAAAUGGCACAAGUUUCUUGCGAGCAUGAAAUCUGGAUCUUUUAGACAUGGAGAUGGCGGGGCUUGAGUUUCGUGAAAUUUUAUUGUAUGGUUUCCACCUGUUGAUAUACUUAAGAGUUUACAAGAAGAAUCAGUGAGGUUUGUUCAGGCAUUCUAUUUUGUAUGAAUUAGACUCGCAACCCAGCCCCCAAAAAAACAAAGAAACAAAGAGAGCGUGCUUUUGUGAACUAUGUACGCAGCAUUUGAAUGUAAACAACACUAUUGAAAUCUGUGGCUCUGACAUUCUUGUCU